AUGGAUGCCCCCCAAGUCAAGCUGUCAGAGUUGCUUCGUCACCCUGAUGACCUCGACAAGAUUCUUGGUCUCAAGCAAGAGUUCACUCGCAAGAAAGAUGCCGUCGACAGUCAGCUGCGGGCCGGCCUGCGCGAGCAGCUCGAAACGACACAGGGCGGCAUGAAUGGUCUUUCCGAAGGUCAAAAGACGGUGCAACAGAUCAAGGAUGAGAUGGUCAAGAUUGACAAGCUGUGCUCCGAGAGCCAGAACAUGAUCAAGGACUUCGCCACCAUCAACUUAGUAUCGCAGGCCCACCGCAACUUUGGCGCCGUCGAGGCUAUGCGCAACAAUCUCGAGACCUUUAACGAACGUCUCAAUGCCGUCGAGCUCAUGCUCAAGGAGGACGAAGAGGACCAGCAGGGGAUGCCAAGACUGCUGUCCAUCCAUUACGAACUCACACAGCUACGCAACAUCCGAGACGACGCCAUCGAGCAAAUAUCGCGCGCCGACGACCCGAGUCUGCAAUCGACACUUGAGGACUAUUUCGAGCGCCUGGACAGCACCAUCGAUUGGUUUGAUGAGCAUGUUGGCAUGGUCUCCAUGAACCUUAUCCAGCUUGUCCAGUCUGAGAACAACAGCCUGGUCGUGCGCUUCGCUCUUAUCAUAGAAGCAGAGGAGAAGAGUGACCAGAGAGUUCUGGCACUUCAGGAUGCACUGAAAGAUCACAAGGAGAUGGCCGCGCGCUUCCAAAGCAUCACGGAUGGCGCCAAGACGGUCCGCGGCUACAAGGACAAGUUUUUGCAAGCCAUCCGUGCCUAUGCCAACGAACAGUUCAAAAUGAGCCGCGAGGAGGUUCUUGAUGACCCGUCAACGUUGGACAAGACCUUGCGUUGGUUUUUCAACGACCUCAAAGCUGUUCAGAUGGGCAUGGUUCCCUUGAUGCCCAAAAAGUGGAAGAUAUUUAAAACAUAUGGUACCAUAUACCACGAGCUUAUGCACGAUUUCCUGGUAGGCUUGGUAGACGACCCAGAGAGCAGCUCAACUACCACUCUUGAAAUUGUCGGCUGGCCUGAAAAAUAUUACAAGCGAAUGAACAAGCUCGGUUUCAAGCAGGAUGAACUGAGCCCUCAUGUGCUCGACAACCGUGAAGCUGAGCUGGUUCGUGACUUCAGGCAGCUUAUCAUCAAGUUUCUGGACGAAUGGAUCGAACGCAUUUUCACCCAAGAACGCAAGGAGUUCUCGGAGCGGGCAUCAGCCGAGAACGGCAACCUGGACGCAGACGAGUUUGGUUACUUCCGCACCAAGACUCUUAUCGACAUGUGGAAGAUGAUGCGAGAGCAGCUUGAUGCGGCUGCCAACUCGAAACGUGCAGAUGUCGCUGAGGGUGUUGUCGAUGCCAUGUUCCUCCGCCUGCGCGCUCGCCAACAGUCGUGGCAAAAGAUGCUUGAGGAGGAGGCUCAAGUGUACGAGUCCGGCAAGCAGCCUGAGCUGGAGGGUUUCCAGGCUUUACAGGAUUGGCUAGUGGCUACAGCAAACGACCAAAUUGCCUGCAUUGACGACAAUGAAGACGAAGGUCGCAUGGGUUAUCUGACCAGCUUCCGGCAAAAGUUUGAGCCCAUAGUCUCACAGCCGUAUAUGGAGCGCGCCGACACCGAGAUUGAAGCCUUGCGUGAUGGCUACGUAGACUUUAGCACAUGGUGUUUGACCAAGUUCAUUCACAUGAUUUUUGUUAUCGACUUCAAGCCUGUCCUUGCCGACUUUUUCACACCGAAAUGGUAUACAUCAACAGCCAUGCGGCAGAUGAUUGUCACAUUCGAAGAAUACGUCGGUGACUAUCGCCAGGUGCUGCACCACUCCCUGGUGGAUAUAUUCAUCGAGCUUUUCGCAGACGAACUCCUCGCACGCUACCUGGGAUGUGUCCGAAACAAGGGCGCAAAGUUCAAGAGGUCCGAUCAGUUCCAGGAGAAGAUUUUCAACGAUGUACAGACGGUUUUUGAGUUCUUUGAUGAGAUUUCGAUGCAGAACGGUUCCGACGUUGGCCUGCAGUUGAAGGAGAGCUGGAAAGUCAUUCAGCUUUUCGAAGGCCUCCUCAGCAGCCCCAAGGAGCAGGUGCCCGAUGUCUUUGAGCGCUUCAAGACGCAGUAUUGGGACUUGCAGAUCACCUGGGUCGAGGCUGUUCUCAGAUCUCGCGACGACUUUGAGCGCGCUACCCUAAAUGCUGUCAAGGCUCGCGCUGCACAAAUCUACGUGGAAAGGGGCCCAGAGACUAUUAUGAGUAGAGUCAAGUGA